AUGACGGCUGUUCCUUCUCCUACCACUGAAAUCGAAGUGGAUGAAAAAGCAGUUACAGAGACUUAUCAAGUCCAACAUUUUCAAUCUAUCUUUAAAAAAUGCAUCCAAGCUAUCCAAUCCCCCGGCAAACAUUGCGAUAUCCGCUCCGCUGCCCCUACUCAACAAGUGUUUGAUGGCGAAAAUUUUCUCCAUAGAUCUUGUUCCCCGGGAGACAGCUGUUCAGACUACAAAGUCAAAAAUGGCAGCAUCGUAGAGUGUGAAAAUAUUCGAGAUUACAUUGGUCAGAAACGCCCCAACCCAGCUGGUCGUAUCUUUGAUCUGGUAACUCACCUAGCUGGUACUAGUUUUGUUUUCAUCCUCACCUUGGUCAUUCUUGUCGUUUGGGCCAUUGUAGGAGGUAUCUACCAUGCUCCUGAUAGUUGGCAAAUCGUCAUGCAAGAUGGUAGUUCCAUUCAAUGCUACAUUUCUGCUACUCUUUUGAUGCGCCAACAACAAAAUCAUCACAACCAGCUGACUACUAUGAUCGCCCAGUUGCGUUCUCGCUUAUGCACCAUUCGACGCCUAAUAGGCCCCGUCCUCCAAGGAAAAUCAGUUGCUUCGGCGCCGCUUAAAUACCAAGAUCUGCAGGAUGAUGUUGGCGAUGCUCAAAAACUUCCUGUUGAAAACUGGUUUAGUCUUAUCUGCAAUUAUGUAAGUCUCGUUGUCGGAUCUGUCUAUUUUUUUAUGCUUUAUUGGGCUGGCAUAUUUAUUUGGGUUGGGUUCGGCAAAAUGCUAAACUGGAGCGACGAAUGGCAACUUUACAUCAACACAGCUACGGCUGUAGAACUUACCUUCACUUCUGUGUUCCUUCAAAAUAUUCGUCAUCGUCAUAUGAAAUAUAUCUCUCGUUGUGUCUCUUCCAUUUUCCAUAUUGACGCUGCCCUAGAAGAAGCCCUUCGUAGACGAUCUGGAGAUCGCGAAAGGAACCCUGUUAUUGAGAUUGAGGCCGAGAAAGUCAACGUUGGCUCUCGUACGAUUGACUAUUAUGCCCAUCUCGUUGGAUCAGGCGUCGGUGCCGUGAUCAGUGCUGCUGUGUUUAUUGUUUGGCUUGCCAUCGGUAAUACCAUGCAUUGGAAUUCCAAUUGGUGGUUGAUUAUUGGAACCUAUACAGGUCUCGUUGGAUUUUUAGAUGGGUUUGCUCUUCGUAAUGUUUACUUUCGCGAAAGCAACCAUUUCAACGUUCAUGUUCAAACCUUAGUCGAUGAAGAAUACCUCCUUUUUCAGAGUCUCGGUCUUCCUCUUCCUCAUGACUCAGAAACUCCGGUGAACAAAUCUUUUGCAUAUAAACUAAGUUCGUUUAUAGGAUACAUUUGCUCACAAGCGUUCUCUGUUUACGCAGCUGUGAUCAUCAUCGUCGGCUUGGUCGUGGCUGCUGGUGCAUUGAGAUUCAACGAAACUGCUCAGCUGUUUUGCAAUACCCCGACCAUGAUUAUUGAAGCUGCUUUACUGAUUGUUCUUAUAGAAGCACAUAAUUUCACGAAUCUGGAAAAUCGUGUCAAAUUUCGUAACAUCCAUCUUCGACGCCUUGCACUCAUGAAGGCUAUGGUUGGUGAUGACUAUCUCGCCAACGAAUGCGCUUAA